AUGGCGCCACCUUCAUACAGCUAUGUCAAAGUUGAACUAAGAGAAGCAGGACGAAUUGCCAUCAUCAAAUAUAACCGGCCCAAGUCGGGCAACUCUUUGCAUCCCAAGCUCUUAGCGGACAGUUUAUCUGCCCUGCGGUGGGCAGAUAGUCAGCCCGAAGUUCAAGUCAUCCUUCUGACGGGAGAAGGCAAGUUCUUCUGCACUGGUAUGGAAUUGGCGGACACGAAGGCUCCUAUGACGUUCGCUCUUGGCUCAGACUUCCAUCAGUUAACGAAGACGUUCAUCUCUACCGAGAAGAUCCUGAUAGCCGCUGUCAAUGGCCCAGCCGCAGGCUAUGGCGUGAGCAGUCUCGCUCUCUUCGAUCUCGUAUAUUGCGUCCCUGACGCAUACUUCUUUACACCAUUUGUCAAGUGGGGAAUGACUACAGAGGGAGCAUCGAGCUUUACGUUUCCGCGGCUUAUGGGUCGCCAGAAAGCUUCAGCACUGUGUCUAGCUGGAGAAACCAUCUCAGCCGAGGAGGCAGAGAAAUUACAUCUUGUCACAAAGAUUUUGCCCAAAGAAAGGUUUCUUGACAAAGUCAUUGAAAUCGCACGCCGGGUCGCACAAUCUCCUUCUGGAGCACUUCGAACUACAAAGAUACUCUUGAAGCAACCCGUACUUCAACAGCUACUUGAUGCAAACGAUCGCGAGUGUCAGGUUACUCAGCAAGAAAGAUUUGGUUCGGUGGAAUACAUGAAAGCAGUCCAGCAGUUCAAGAUUGAGCAGGAAGAGAAACACAAACUCAAGAAUAAAUUGUAG